AUGGCAGACGAUGAGUUAACUGAUAUGAUGUAUGACAUGGAGUUUGGAGAACUGAUGAAAGACUGGAUAGAAGAUUGGUCAGAUGAUGAAAAUUCAGAUCGUGGAGAUAGGUCAGAGAAUGGGAACGUAUUGGAAGAUCUUAAUAUGGAUGAACAUGAUGAUGGUCAGGAAAACAAUGAGCAUGAUGAUGGUGAGGAAAACAACUCGGAGAUCUCGAAUGAAGAUUACAUUAGUCAGCUCAUUUCCGAAUGUCAUAAUGCGUACGACUAUUACGGUGAAUCCGACGCGGAGACAGGCCUUGAUGUCGAAUCAUUAGCUGCAUCUGAUUCUGGGGAGUCGCAAUCGUCGGUCAUCAUGAGUGAGGUGACAGAAGUUGAGGGGAAAAAGAAUGUCCAAGAUACUGCUAGUGCAGAUGAUAAGAGGGAUAUGUUCAUGGAGAUAAUACAAAUGACUUUUACGUCUCACGAGGCUGCGUAUGAUUUCUACAACAGCUAUGCUAGAGAUAAUGGUUUCAGGAUUAGAAAGAAUAGGGUCAGGUAUUGCAAAACCGAGUCACGUCAUAUGCGUUAUAGGCGGUUUGUUUGUUCCAGACAAGGAAAACGUGACAGCAGGUUGCUAACCGAGGAAGGACACAGCCGUAGGCUCCGACCCGAGACACGCUGCCACUGCGAAGCGCACCUGACCGUGAAGCUUGACCAAAAGCGUGGGUUUGGACCGGACGAGGUACCUUUUCUUUGGUCCCACAGAAAAAUCAAAGAGUACCAGAGAGCUGAGAUACUGUCCAUGGGAGCUGCAGGGAUUAGAAUUCACGACAUGAUGGAUACCUUCAUCAGCAAACAUGUAUGGUAUGGCGGUGUUGGUUUUACCAGGCAUGAAAUAUACAACCUUUGCGACAGGGAGAAGAGGAAGCUGCUUUCAAAAGGGUGA